AUGAACUCUCUUCCCAAUCCCGAAGUUGCGGAGCGGUACGCUCAGGAGCGCGACAAACGCCUGCGUCCGGAUGGCACAUCCCAAUUCGUCCAGCUCUCAACGUCGGACAAGUACAAAUACCUCGCGACCGACCCGUGGGUCGACCACGCCGCUCUCAACGCCGCAGCGCACGUGCUCAGCGACGGUGACGACGUCAAAUUCCUCAUUCUCGGCGCCGGGUUCGGAGGCUUGGUGCUGGCAGCGCGGUUGAUCGGGGCCGGCUUCGACGCAUCGGACAUCCGCCUGGUCGAUGCGGCGGGUGGAUUCGGGGGGACUUGGUACUGGAAUCGCUAUCCCGGGCUGAUGUGCGACGUCGAGAGCUACGUCUACAUGCCACUGCUCGAAGAGACAGGUUACAUGCCCAAAUACAAGUAUGCGCACGGGGACGAGCUGAGGGAGCAGGCAGAGCGCAUCGCAGCGCACUACCGGCUGCAAGCUUCGCUGAGAACAGUUUAUCACAGUGCAGACUGGAGCGACGAACACAAGCAUUGGACCGUGAAAAUGCGCGAAGAUCGGGGACCAGACGAACCGGAGCGCUCGUUCUCGGUCUCCGCGCAGUUCGUCUGCCUCGCUGCAGGGGUGAUAAUGUCGCCGCAGAUCCCAUCCUUGCCUGGUUUCGAUGAGUUCAAAGGCCCGACAUUCCACACUGGUCGGUGGAACUACUCCGUCACAGGCGGAUCCCCAGCAUCUCCGAAUCUGGACAAGCUCAAGGACAAGCGCGUGGGGAUCAUCGGCACCGGCGCCACUGCGAUCCAGGUGAUCCCUGAGCUCGCCAAGUGGGCCAAAGAACUCUUCGUGUUCCAGCGCACACCCUCCAGCGUCGACGUGCGAAACCAGCAUCCCACUGAUCCAGAAGAGUGGAAGAACAAGAUUGCGACUGGCAAGGGAUGGCAGCACGCCCGGUCGGUCAACUACAACGCCAUAUUGGCCAAUCAACCCGAAGAAGGCCCGGAUCUCGUAUCCGACGCGUCGUGCCAGAUCCCUGCGUUCUGCGGAAUCAUUGGUGCGCCAGGGAUAGUGACGCCUGAGCAGAUUCCGGAGCACAUCGCAAAGCUGCAUAGUUUGGACUUGCCACGCGCCGAACGGGUCCGGGCACGCAUCGACGAGAUUGUGCGGGACCCGGAAACCGCAGCGAAGCUCAAGGCGUGGUACCCCGUCUGGUGCAAGCGGCCGACGUUCCACGACGAUUACCUUCCCGCGUUCAACCGCCCGAACGUCACCCUCGUCGACACGGACGGGAAAGGUGUGAAUGCGCUGUCCGCGGACGGCGUAGUCGCCAACGGCACCGAGUAUCCCAUCGACGUGCUCGUCCUCAGUACCGGGUUCCAACUGACCCUCGGAGCAGGCACGGGCAGCCCCGCCUCCCGGGGGAGGUUCCGCGUCACGGGCGCAAAGGGGAGAGACAUGGACAACAAAUGGACCGAGGAGGGUUGCGGCACGCUGCAUGGCAUCGCGUCCAGCGGGUUCCCCAACAUGUUCUUCCUCCCGGGCCUCUCGCAGCUCGGUUUCGCUGUGAACUUCACGUUUUCACUCGAAGCCACGUCUAAGCACAUCGCGGCGAUCGUCGCCCAGGCACACCGCGUCGUCGGUGACGCCGAGAGGCCGGUGAUCGAGGUGGAGAAGAGCGCCGAGGAUGCGUGGACGGCGGAGGUCGUGAAACGCGCGACAUGGUUCGCGGCAGUCGGGGGAUGCACGCCAGGAUACUUCAGUCUCGAGGGCGAAGGCGGCCGACCGAAAAGUAUAGCUGAUCAGCUCAAGGCCGCGAAAUCUGCGGUAUGGGGAGAGGGGAUCGUUAGCUAUGCCAAAAUCCUUGAGCAGUGGCAAGCACAGGGCGGUCUCAAGGGCUUUAGUGUCACGGCAUGA